CGCUGCGCUGCACAGUCGCUCCCCUCUCCCUGCUACUGUCGCGACUGUCGCCCACCGCGCUGAGCACCGCCGGCUUGGGGUCGCCCCCCACCCACCUACCAUGGAUGUGAAAGUCCCGGCUCUGCUGGUCCUCUUGCUGGUGACCCUCUCCCUCUCGGAGGGUAAACCCAUCAGCCUGAGUUACAGAUGCCCCUGCCGAUUCUCCGAGAGCAACGUUGCUAAAGCCAACAUUAAACAACUCAAAAUCCUGAACACUCCUAACUGUGCACUUCAGAUUGUGGCCAGAUUGAAGAACAGCCGACAAGUAUGUAUCGACCCUAAACUAAAGUGGAUUCAGGAAUACCUGGAGAAAGCUUUAAACAAGAGGUUCAAGAUGUAAGAGGCAUCCAUUAUGAGUCGUCUAGAGGAUUUCAUACUAUAAGACCAAAGAGCAGAUGAUGAGUUAGGGAAAGAGUGCAUUUUGUUGUCACCAAGCAGCAUAAGGCAAUGCUAAUCUAUCUGCAUUUUUCAAAGGCUUUUUUUUUUGCACGAAUUGCCUUGCUUUCACAAUACUUUUAUACAGUAAGGUUUUUUGGUUUUUUUUUUUUAAAUGAAGUUUGGUUUAUUGAAUGUCACCGGUGACAGAUAUGAACUUAGACUAAGUCCUUUAUUGUUAUCUAUUAUAGUAUUAUAAUAUUAUUUUCAUGCAAGCCUUAGCUUAUAUUGCACUCAGUUUCUGGGCACACCGAAGAUUGUGAAAGGCUGAGGAGGAGAGGAGUUCAAAUGUAGCAGGACGCACAUUAUUGGAGAGUGGUCCAGGGCUUGAGUUGAAGAGUGCAGAUGAUUAAGAUGAGUGAAGUGGCCAUUUCGGGGGAGAUUUCAUGGGGAGCUCAAGCUAGGAGAUGCAAGUCACUGGGGUUAACCAAUAAUAAGGACACUGAAUUUUCCAGUACCAGGCUAGCUGACCUUUCUCCUUAGCCAAGGACUGAUGGCAGAGCCAAACCUGGGAGACUAUGGUUGCAUCAGGCCUGACUUGGUGCCAAACAGAGAGGUUAGAUAGUGCAGGCUUAGAACCACCACUCCAUGCUAUCAACUCCAUCCCAUCGUUUCCUCUUCAUUUCCAUUUCUCACCCAUCAUCAUCAUCUGCAUCCAAGAAAGUCCCCAUCGAUUGUCCGGGAUAAAGAAGAAACUCGAGCGGGCGCACGUUUGUUUAAAGUGAGCAUUGAGAAACGAGUGGAAAUUACUGGCCCAAACCAGUGUCUUGCAAAAUUUGUGUGUGAACUUGUAGAGUAUGUGUUUUGUGUGAAGUCUUGUCCAAAUGUCCAAACAUCGUUUCUGUGUUUAGAAGGACUUCAAGAUUCCAGAUGCAGCUUUUUGUAUAUUCUAUGGAAUGCAAAGGAUGGUAGUGAGUGAUUUACUCCCGCCUCUUGAAAGUAACACCAACGUGCCUCAACACUGUUAAACUACUACUGUAAUUCCUGUAUUUGGGGGAUGCCUUAUUUUCUACACUCACUUGAGGUGCAAAUGUAUUUUCCUGCCCUGGGUCCAGUACAUCAUGAUUCGGGUCAUAGCAACAGUUGCUUUGGGCGGGGCCAGAUCUGCUCGAUAACCAUAAAACAGAAUUCUCAUCAUUUGGGCUCAGCGGAGACUUUGUCAUGACCGCUUCAAAAUGAAGGUUUAUGGGAAUGGGGAACAGAAAGCUUGGGACUCAACUCCUGUCGUUUGGAGCCUUGGGGAUAGGGGGUUUGGGAUCCCAGCCUUUCCACUUCUUGGAAAAGCAGACUCCUCAGCCCCUGAAGCUGCAUAGAAAGAAGACAACUCUAUUAGAUCAUUUGAAUACCUGUGGUAUUUCUUAAGCACUGUGUGCCAAGCACUGUUCUAAGCAGUAGGCUAGAAACCAUAGGCAUAUUAGAAGGCCCCAGUCAUACCCUGUUUAAGAAAAGGAGUUUCUGGCCCUUGAGUCCUCUGAAACCUGUCAGGUGACUUGGGUCUCUCCACUAAUUUGAGGGAAUUUCUGCAUUUGAGGGAAGUAUUUCCGCAAAUCUCUAAAUCUAAAUUGCCACACCCCAACAUUCAAUCUGAUGCUCGUCUGAGGCAGGAUGAGUGAGCGAUGCACAUGGGAAUUAAAUGCUCAAUUAUAAAAGGUAAUUAUUUCCCUCCUUCCAAGAUGCCAUCAUUUGGAGAGGCACUGAGGAGUAAAUUUUACUGACCCUGCCUACAUUUGCUCAGUCUUAGCUAUUUUGGUCAGACCUAGCUAUUUUCCCUUUUUUAUUUUCCUCUCCCACAAGAAGUGCACAAGACAUGAUAAAAUUGCAAUGAGAAAUUGGUUGAAGGUACAAACUACGCAAAACACAGCCUAUAAUUGCAAAUGGUGAUUUUAAAAAAGUGAUGAGUUUUGGAGAUCUUUUGGAUUUAAAAUUUAUUUCCCCAAAUUUUAGGUGUGAGGAAGUUGAAAUACUGAAAUAUCCUUUGGUUUCACAAAUCUGUUAAGGCACAACCCAAGUCUGAGGGAAGAAAAAUAAGGCAUUGCAAUAUAGAGAGAGCUGCCCAUUUGCAAAUGAACAGCCAGUGCUGGUUCUUCUUUGGGUUCCCCUAUUCAACUUAAAUUAUUCAACCUUCCCUCAUAAUGAAAGGUGUUUGUCCUCCACACAUAUCUAACCUUGCUCUAUAAACCCCCAGGAGUCCCUCACUCACAUCCUUUGCAUCAGAAAUGUUGAAUAAAGAAAAUGAAGUGAUAAUCAACGCUACUUCUUUUAGAAACAAGAUCCCUAUGCAGUAAAAACUUCUUGCACUAUUGAAUUAUGUCCCAUUUUCAAGUCUUGGCAGGCUGAGAGGCUUUGGUAUCGUAAUGCUGAUACACUGAGUGGCAGGGGGUCAGCUUGGAAUAACUAACUGCUGACCAAAGACAAAACCAGGGAAACAGUCGGCGGAACGCAGGGGCAUAGCAACUAACGACACAUUUGAACAGAGAAGGCCAAAAAGCAGUGAGACUGUGCAACCGACACGUUUCCCGAAAUUGUCAAGCGUCCCUGCCAUGGCUCUUGGCAGUUGCAAGCACAACAAAUCCAACAAAAAACCCCGUAUUUGGUUACAUUAUGAAUUUCAUUUGUGGUUGUAGGUUUUUUUAAAAAAAAAGAAACGUUUCCAAGCCAUCUGAAUUUUCAGAUGCUUUGGUUUGAUCACUAAUUGAUAUUUGGGUGCUGUUGCAGUCCUAAGACUCGACACUGCUUUUCCUCUUUGACUGAGGGUCUUACCCUUAUUAUUUCUGGAAUUGUUGUCCUGUAUGACCUAGAAUUGGGGCUCUCUCUCCUUCCGAACUACUCAUCUCUAAAGGUGAGUUUCCAGAGUAGAAGCACUUAGAAAAUCCUCUUUGUCCAAAUUCAAAUUAAUCACUGAAUAAAGGAAAUAAGUACAUAAAUAAAUAAAUAAAUAUAAACUCUUCAAAUCCUGUAAUAUUAGUAGCAGGAGAAUGCACCAAAGGAAGCUUUCACUCAGAAAAUACACCUUCCGCUCUCUCAGUACCUCAUCAUUGAUAACUCAGUGGUUAAAAAAAAAAAAAUGUGAUAAAUACUGUAUUUUGUAUUAUUUUUUUAAAAAAGUGCAUCUCCCAAAUAAUGUGAAAAUGUUUCUGAAGAUGGCAGCUUUAGAAUGAUGUAUACUGUGUGCUUAAAAAUAAAACCCUUUUGAGAAAGAAGCAAUCUUUUUUACAUCUAGCUCAUGUCUUUGAUAGAUGUAUAUGCACUUAUAAUUUUCCUAAUAAAAAUCUGUAUUCCAAAUCCACA